AUGGCUCUAAUUUGUAGUGGUUACAUGGAUCCUGAAUACGCAUUGCACGGUUUGUUCUCUGUAAAAUCAGACGUGUUCAGUUUUGGUGUUCUAAUAUUAGAAAUUCUAAGUGGCAAGAAAAACAGUCAGUUCAACCAAGCUCAUGGAGGAGAUGACCUUCUAAGCUAUGCUUGGAGACAAUGGAGGGAUGGAACACCAUUAGCAUUGGUAGAUCCAACAAUCGGAGAUGCAUAUUCAAGAAAUGAAGUUAUUCAAAGCAUCCAUGUUGGCUUGCUAUGCAUUCAAGACGAAAUUGAACAAAGGCCAACCAUGGCUUCAGUAGUUCUCAUGCUCAACAGUAUCUCUAUAACGUUGCCUGCACCUAAUCCGCCUGCAUAUUUUGGUAGUAGUAGAACACAAAGCUCACCUAACGAUUUACCAGUAUCUGAUACAUCUACAAGCACCAAGUCACCACCAAACCCGUCUAUCAAUGAUGUUUCAAUCACUGAGUUACAUCCCAGAUAA